AUGGAAGUCCCCAAAACCCACAAAGGCUUGAUCUAUGACAACCCGGGCGAGAUCUCCACUCGCCUGGUGGAGUUGGAUACUCCAACCCCAGGCCCUGGGCAAGUCCUCGUCAAGAUUACUCACUCCGGAGUAUGCCAUUCGGAUCUCAGCCUCAUGACAAAAACAUGGAGCUGGCUUCCAGAGCCUGUAAAAAGCGGACAGGUUGGCGGCCACGAAGGCGUCGGCAUCAUCGCCCAGCUAGGACCGUCAUGUGAGGUUUCCGGAGUGAAGAUUGGUGACCGUGUUGGCAUCAAAUGGGUUGCCUCCGCCUGUGGCAACUGCAUGCCUUGCUUGGCUGGCGCCGACGGCAUCUGCGCGAACUCCGAAAUCUCGGGCUAUACAUGCCCCGGUACAUUCCAGGAAUACGCUCUGGCUCCUGCCCACUAUGUGACGCCGAUCCCGGAGGGGUUGGCAAGUGAGGUGGCUGCACCGCUUCUUUGCGGCGGUGUUACGGUUUACUCAGCCCUCAAGAAGAGCAGAGCCCAGGCCGGGGAUUGGGUGGUAAUUACUGGAGCCGGCGGUGGUCUAGGUCACCUGGGAGUGCAGCUCGGAAGCCGAGGCAUGGGAUUCAGAAUCAUCGGUUUGGAUAUAGGAGCCAAGGAAUCUUUUGUAAAGGAGUGUGGUGCCGAAGCUUUCAUCGAUGUCACCAAGUUCCUCGAUGAUGGAAGCAAGAGCAUUGCUGACGAAAUAAUGGCCAUUACUGGUGGGCUUGGCGCUUCAGCGGCCGUCAUUUGCAGCGCAAGCAACGCUGCAUAUGCGGAAGCCCUAUCAUAUCUCAGGUUCAAUGGAACACUGGUGUGCGUAGGUGUUCCGGGUGAUCCACAGCCGAUUGCCGGCGCUUAUCCUCACGCGAUGGUCGGUAAGCAACUGGCCAUUGUUGGAAGCACUGUUGGCAACCGUCGAGAGGCAAUGGAAACCCUGGCUAUGGCAAAACGGGUAGUCUCAACUCCUUUCCGUGUUGAGACGGUGCAGAACAUCAAUGAUGCCUUUGCGGAGAUGAAGGGCGGCAAGUUGCAAGGUCGUGUCGUGUUAGAUUUAAAGUCGUGUACUUGUUAA